GAGGCACAGGAGAUAGAAAGGGAGGACAGGAAAUGAUGAGAAAUCAGGAGGUGCAGAGAAAUGUGGGAGAUACCGAAGCAGUUUGAGAUAGUUUGAGGGAGAAAGCAGGAGACAUGAAAAGAGGGGAGUUAGAAAGAGGUAGAAAAAAAGAAAGUGGAGAGAAGAAAGAAAGGGAGUACAGCCAGCUGGCAGAGUUUGAGUUAUUCGGCUGAGCUCUAAAAGUUUCAGGCUGCCCAGACUCCAAACCACACGGACCAAAGUCCUCUCUGCUUCCCCUUCAGCUGCAAUAUGGAGAGUCAGUAAAAGGAGGAAAGUUAAGUUCUGGGAGAUCCAGAGUGCAGCACAGUUUAGUGCUUUGAGCAAGAGGUUUUUUGUUUGUUUGUUCGUUUUGGGAUUUAUCUGUUCAUCCUGCUUGAUGCUUCCGAGCACUGGCUAAAUUCUGGUAGGAACAAUAAAAGCCAGACCUAAAGUACAAUGGGCCUGCACAAUGGAGUAUGAUAUUGAUUUCUACAAACAUUUUGCCUGGCUUAGAAAGGUAAACCUCCAUUCAUCCAGCAGCAGAGAGUCCUACCAGGAGCGGUUAUCACGUCUGGAGGGAGACAAAGAGUCACUUGUUCUACAGGUGAGUGUGCUGACAGACCAGGUGGAGGCUCAAGGGGCAAAGAUCAGCGAUCUGGAGAACUCUCUUGUGGAGCAUCAGCACAAACUCGACUCCACUGAGGAGAUGCUGCAGCAGGAGCUCCUGCAUAGGACGUCACUGGAGAACCAGAAGCUGAGUCUUAUGGGGGAGGUGUCCUACCUGAAAAUAAAGUUGGCAGACAUGGAGGGAAAACAGAACCACGGGGCUGAACGGCAGCACAAGGCAGAGACUGUAGUGAAUUUCAUUAGCGAGCUGCAGGAGGAGAUGUGUAGGUUUCAGAAGGAGAUCAAUAGCAAGAUCCAGGAGAAAAAGGCCUUGGAGAUCCCCGCUGACAGCAGCUCUCCAGCCCAGUGCCCCAAUAAGCUUGCUGAUGAUCAGGGCUCUGACCCCGGGCCGUCUGAUGACACAACCUCAGGUGUAGAAGAGGCUACCGAGAGGCCUGAUGGGAGUCCUAGCAGCCUAGAAGAGGCUGUAGGCUCAGAUGCAGAGCAGCAGCACCAAUGUGGAGGAGAAAGUGGCCUAUUUAGGGAGCUCAGGAUUCUCAAGGACAAAGUGGAACACCUGGAGGAUCAGAAGCUACAGUACGAGAAGAAACUCAAGGCAACAAUGGCAGAGAUCAGCAGCCUCCAGCAGCUUCUGCUCGGUAAGAACGCCGAGAUCGAGAGCUUGCACACUCAGCUCCUGGCCAGACCCUCUCUUUCCGCAGAGUGCUCAGAGAGAGAUCAGGAGCUGCAGAGGCUCAGGAUCGGAAUGAAAUCACUAAUAGCGGCCAAUGAUGAAAAGGACCGGCGUAUUGAGGAGCUCACUCUGCUCCUGAAUCAGUGCAGGCAAUUCAGAGAGGUCACUCACAGCACAAAGCAAGCUCCACCUGCUGUCCGGUCAUUGUCGAAUGGACGGACUCCAUCAAGCAGCAGUGAGGAAGAAGAGCAUGGAAUCAUGCAGAACGCUGACUCUGCCAGUGCGAAAUCUGAGGAUGUGAAAUCUGAAGUUUCCACAAACAGUUCUUCUUCCCGUCAAACAUCUGUGUCAUCAGGCCAGAAGGACAGUGAUUCAAGAACAGAAUCACAGACUUUAUCAAGCAGCAUGAAUGACUUGACAAAUGGACUUUCACCAAAGAGUGCUUCAGGUGACACCAGGAGUCAGACACUGCCUGUGAAUGCCUCACUGUCGGAGCAGAACGGGACCUUAGAAAGCAGCGGUGAAAUCCAGAGUCAGAGGUCUCCAGAUGGGAGUGAAGAUGGCGACUCCAGCCAAAGAAAGCUGGAGAAAGCUGACGACAGCACUUCAAGUGAUAACUCCCCUGUUAAUUCUGGAGCAAAUACACAGCAGGGCCAGAGAGCUAUUGGCUCACCGGAAUACUUGAAGAACAACAGGAGCUUCAAGAAACUCUGGGGAAAACUACGAAGAACACAGUCUGGAGGGCUCCAGGCAGCAGAUCCAGAUGGGGGUCCGUUUCGUCGGGGGGGGCUGCGGGCUACAGCAGGACCCAGACUGACCAGGACCCCUGAAUCGUAUAACUCUGCACGUGAUAUGAAUAUUCCGUUCAGCCAAUGGACCAAGGAGCAGGUGUGUGGCUGGUUAGAGGACUAUGGACUGGGCCAGUAUGUCAGUCUCAGCAGACAGUGGGUUGAAAAUGGACAAACACUUCUGUCUGCUACACCGCAGGACUUUGAGAAGGAGAUGGGUAUGAAGAAUCCUCUGCACAGGAAGAAGCUGCAGCUCGCUCUGAGUGCAUUCACUACGAAAGUUAUAGAGAAAUCAUCAGAGCUGGACCACAUCUGGGUCACUCGCUGGUUGGAUGAUAUUGGUUUGCCUCAGUAUAAAGAUCAUUUCCAUGAAGCUCGAGUUGAUGGUCGGAUGAUUCAAUACCUCACUGUGAAUGACCUCUUGACUCUAAAGGUCACCAGCCAGCUUCAUCACCUCAGUGUUAAAUGUGCCAUCCAUGUCCUUCAUGCCAAUAAAUUCAACGCCAACUGUCUACGACGUAGACCAGGGGAAGAGAGACAACCCUCGCCCUCAGAGGUGGUGCAGUGGUCUAACCAUCGUGUGAUGGAGUGGCUGAGAGCCGUGGAUCUGGCUGAGUUCGCUCCUAAUCUUCGGGGCAGCGGUGUUCAUGGUGGGCUGAUUAUCCUGGAGCCUCGCUUCAGCUCAGAGACUUUGGCCCUGCUGUUAAAUAUUCCUCCGCAGAAGACUUUGCUCCGCCGCCACCUGGCCACUGCCUUCUCUGCGCUGGUUGGGGCUCAGGCAACACAGGAGAAGCGAGAGUACGGCAAUGCCACAGGCCAUGUGCCUCUCACUACCACUGCUAAAGUAAAGCCAAAGAAACUGGGCUUUACCCAAUUCAGUCACCUGAGAAAGCGGAAACCCGAUGACUCCGCCGACUAUAUCUGCCCAAUAGACAGUGGAGCGUUGACAUUGAACGGGGUUUCCCGUCUGCCCUCUGCCGCUCUCAGGGGCCUCAGCCCAAGUUUGGAGCGACAGACAGAGAGGAGGGAGCCAGUUGGGAUUAAACCUCAGGCUAACGGCCAAAAACUAUGCUUACAAAACAAGAGUGAAACGUCAACCUCUCCAUAACACUCCCAUGUCAGUGCCUAUGCGUGACGUUUAGAAUCAGUGGAAGAAACACCAAAGUGAUGACCUCGUGAAUCCAAGAGGGGAUUUGCUGGAUGUGCUACAAACAUGCUUUGUUAAUCAGCCAUGGUUAAUUGUUGUUAGUGUAUUCUUUCUCUAAAUAUACGAGUGUAAAACAGUGAUGAAUACUGAUAUUGUGUGAAUUGUUAAAUGAAAGCUGCUCUAUGCAUUCCUUACACAGAUAUAUUCCAAAGCUCAUACUUUAGCUUUCAAACACACAGAGUCUUUUGUAUCUAAACUUCAGUAGAUGUGGAAUAAAAAAAUAGCUUUUCUUCUAUUGUAUUUCUAUGCAGUGCCUUUAUGAACACCAGAUUGUUUGAAAGGCUUCUCAUUUAUUUUCUUUAUGAAUGACAAAAAAAAAAUCUAAAUGAAUCAUUGUUUUCAUGAUACACUUUUUCUUCUUCUGCACCUUAAUGUCAGUCUUAUUGGUACACCUUAGGAUUCUCUAAACCACACGUUGCCUUGUUUCAUAAUAUCAUAAUGAAUAUGCAUUGUGUAAUAAAUAUUGAAUGAAGGGUU